AUGGGACAAUAUAGAAACCUUGAACUCCUUGUCAACGUCUUUGAUCAAGCAGGGCUUACUGAAUCCUUCGGCAAGUUCUUCGAGAAACUCAGAAUAUGUCUUCAAGACCCCGUCAUUUGCCAUAGCAAUGUCCCUUACUGGAACCCACACCUUUUGGCUCAAGAUGACAGGGUGGUCAUGACGGUCUCCUUCACAGACGCUUCUGAAACCGAGAGAUUUGUUGCUCCUGCCGACGUAUUUGACCAGCUUCUGCCGAAUGGAAAUAUGCCAGAGGCUGAGUCACCAGCGAAGUUACGGACUCAACUUCUAACACAUCAGAAACAAGCCUUGUACUUCAUGCUUCGGAGCGAGAAAGCGUCUCGAAUUGGCAGGUCACCUCAUCAUGUGUGGAGCGAAUCGACCGUCCUCGGUCAGGAAUUUACCGACACCAUCACCGGCUCCUGUCAGUCGCUGAGACCCAAAGACUUCUAUGGAGGUCUCAUCGCAGAUUAG